UGCCGGCCGCUCACUGGCCGCCUGCUUGCCCUUGCCCCUCCACCGCGCCUCUUUGUGGCCACCCCUCAGUGCGUUCAUCCUCUUCUCCCUUUUCCUCCAUCCGACAUCACCAGCCCCAAGCAUCACCAACACAACAACCCGCCCGCCGCGUCCACCCACGACACACUCCCUCACCGCCGCAAGCCCACCGAAGCGAGACAACUCCCACAGUCGUCGGUCGCACUCCUCCCUGGCCCUUCACCAAGAACCCUUUUCCCCCAAGUCCCCCGCAAACUCGAGUUUAUGUCAAUCGAAAACCUCAAGUCGUACGACCCCUUCGCCGAAGCCGACGAAGACACAGGCGAGGCCAAGCAGACUCAGGAUUACAUCCAUAUCCGUAUUCAGCAGCGCAAUGGCCGUAAGACCUUGACUACAGUCCAAGGACUGCCCAAGAAGUUCGACCAGAAGAAGAUCCUCAAGGUCAUCAAGAAGAAGUUUGCUUGCAAUGGCACCAUCGUGACAGACACCACCAUGGGUGAGGUCAUCCAGCUGCAGGGCGACCAGCGCAAAGAUGUGCAGGAAUUCCUCGUAGACAAGAAGGAGGGUCUCGAGCUCGAUCCCAAGACGAUCAAAGUCCACGGUUUCUAAGCUGGCUGUGUCCAAGCAACGACCGACAACCACUCGCCCAUGCGGCGCCCUCUGGUGCCAGCCGAAUAUCACGCCCUGACGACAGCCCACCUUCAGAGCAGUGCCCGGCGAUGCGGGACGGCACUGUAGAUAAGUCGAUGAACAUGGUCGGUCACUAGGGCGGUGGUCCGUGAGGAGCUUGGUUGGAAAUGGUCUGGACAUGAUACCCCUUGUUUGCCGUCAGUCGUAGGAUUGUCAAGUAGUUAUGCAGGACCAGGCUGCGACACGUGAUGUGCCAGUCUCCGAUACAAUUGUCAAUAUACCGUGGCUGUAUUUGAA